AUGACGCAUCCUCAAGUCUUCAUUUCAGGCCUCAUACUGCUCCUCCCAGCUGCUAUAGAAUCCUUCCCAGAAGUGCAUGGAGUGGUGGGUCACCCUGUGACACUGCCAUGUACUUACCCUGUCUCUCAUGGAAUCUCACCCAUGUGUUGGGGCCGAGGGGCAUGUUUUUCUGAUAAAUGUAAUAAUGUUGUUAUCCUAACCAAUGGCUACUAUGUCUACUAUGAGAGGAGCAAUCGUUACCACCUAACGGGAAAGAUUCUUCAAGGAAAUGUGUCUUUGACAAUAGAGAAAGUUACUGAGCGUGACAGUGGUCUCUACUGCUGUCAACUGGAAAUGAAGCGAUGGAAUGGUGUACAGAGACUGACCAUCUCACUGAGAGUUCAGCCAGGAAAUGAUCCAACACUGAAUCCAAAAACGAUCAUGAAAAAAGGCUUCUAUAUUGGAAUCUCCAUUACCUUGAUGCUUCUACUUCUUGUGAGCAUAAUGGUUACUACAACAAUGGUGGAAAAGAUGAUCUGCCAGCUGUCUGUCCUCACACUCACUGUUAAAAUGAUGUCCAGUCUCUCCACUCAUUGCCGAAUAUUUCCUCAAACAUGA